GCCAACUGCCAACGCCGUCCCAGACACCCAUCACAUAGACCUCCAUCUUCCUCGCCACCAUGGCCGACGUCGAAAUGAAGCCCGCGGAUGCCAAAGACAAGAAGGACGAGAAGACGGAGAAGAAGGAGGAGGCGAAGCCGGUGCCGCCCCCGACGCCUCAGCAAGAAAUCAAGGCAAACUUGGCGCUCAUCGACCGUGCGGUGUCGACGAUGGAGCCUAGAUUCACCCAUCGGGUGCUCAGGACGUUGACAGCAUUGAGGAAACGGAUAGAUGAUUCGGUGCUCCGGGAUGCGAUCCAGGACGCGUACCCCGCAGAAUCCGCCGUUAAGAGCUCGCUGCUUGCAUGGCUCCCCUCAUCCUCGCAAUCAUCGAUGGAGGUUGACCCAACGCCCUCCAAGGCGCCCUCGUCAGACCCCGUCCCCGAAGUCGAGGUCUACUUCCGGUUGCUGAUCACGCAUCACGUACUUGCCAACCCUUCGACCUACAAGAAAGCCUUGGAACUGGUGCACGAGACUGUUCAGAUCAUGCAGCAGCUCAACAGGCGGAGCAUGGACCCCAUCGCUGCCAAGGUCUGGUUCGCGGUGGAGCGCGCGUACGAGCUCGGUGGCGAGCUUGCAGAUGCACGACCUCUAUUCCUCGCCGCACAGCGCACGGCUGCCCUCCGUCAUGACGAAGACACCGAAGCCUCCCUCAUCAACCGCCUCAUCCGGAGCUACCUGCACUACAGCCUCUACGACCAAGCCGACAAGCUCGUCGCAAAGACUGUAUUCCCCGAGUCUGCCAGCAACGCCCAGUUCGCUCGCUACAACUACUAUGUCGGCCGCAUGCGCGCUGUGCAACUGAACUACAGCGCUGCUCACGCCGGCCUGCAACAAGCAAUCCGCCGCGCGCCACCAGCGAAGACCGCGCCGGGCUUUUACCAGGCCGUGCACAAGCUCUACGUGAUUGUUGAGCUGCUCAUGGGCGACAUUCCGGACCGUGGCCUUUUCCGGCACCCAGUGCUCGAGAAGUCGCUCGCUGCGUACUUUGACAUCGUCAAAGCCGUCCGCACGGGCUCCCUCUCCACCUUCCAGAACUCCCUCGCCACCCACGCCGCCCAAUUCGAGGCCGACCGCACCCAGACGCUCGUCGUCCGGCUGCGCCAGAACGUGAUCAAGACCGGCAUCCGCCGCCUCUCCCUCGCCUACUCGCGCAUCUCGCUCCGCGACAUCUGCGUCAAGCUGCACCUCGACUCGGAGGAGGACGCGGAGUACAUCGUGGGCAAGGCGAUCCGCGACGGCGUGAUCGACGCGAAGAUCGUGCACGACAAGGGCUGGAUGGAGUGCGUCGGGCAGAAGACGGGGUACGGGCCGGAGGUCGGCGAGGCGUUCCAGAGGCGAAUUGCGUACUGUUUGGAGCUGCAUAAUCAGAGUGUGAAGGCGAUGCGGUACCCGCUCAAUGCGCAUAGGAAGGAGUUGCAAGCGGCCGAGGGCGCGCGCGAGCGCGAGAAGGAAUUGGCCAAGGAGAUUCAGGAGGGAGACCUGGAUGAAGAUGACAUGGAGGGUGACUUCUAAUUUUGUGUGUAUACGGUUGGCAGCAACACGCGAUAAAGUCUACAUUUCUGUCCGAACUUCUCCUCCAAGGUGCUAUGGACCCAUCGCCACCUUCUGUUCAUGGACGGGCUGUCGCAGCGCUGCAAUCAGCACGGAACUGGCGGUCUUGAUGAUUACCUCGACACCAUAUACCUACUGCACUACCCCACAGAGUUCAAGUGCCCCAUCUUCGAGGACUGUAUGUGCCCUGCGAGUACACCUCUAGCAGCGUCUUGAGGCUUGUUGGUAACGGAGGGAAAGAAGGACAUUUGAUUUACCCCCGAAUGGGAAUUUACUGUUGUCCGCGUG